UUUGCAGAUUGCAACCCUCCGUCAAAAAAUUCUCUUGUAAGGAUAGAAGGAGAGAGACGAGAGGAGAUCUGCUCGUAAACUUCCAGUUGGGCUCACAAUCCCACUCAUACCGACACAGAAGACGAAGAUCUGAUUCAUUUUUGCAAUCGAUUGGACAUCUAGGUUUAUAAUUCUUAUUCUUUCACUCUAAUGGCGCAGUACGUGAAGAAAGACGAUGAUCGCGACGAGGAAGCAGAGUAUUCCCCCUUUUCUGGAAUCGAGAAAGGAGCAGUUCUUCAGGAAGCCAGGGUCUUCAAUGAUCCUCAGUUAGAUUCAAGGAGGUGUUCUCAGGUUAUUACCAAGCUGCUUUAUCUUCUGAAUCAAGGUGAUACCUUCACAAAGGUUGAAGCCACAGAAGUUUUCUUUUCAGUAACAAAACUUUUCCAGUCUAAAGAUAUUGGAUUAAGAAGAAUGGUUUAUUUGAUCAUAAAGGAGCUCUCUCCCUCUGCAGAUGAGGUUAUUAUUGUCACAAGUUCCCUUAUGAAAGACAUGAAUAGCAAGACUGAUGUGUAUCGAGCAAAUGCUAUUCGUGUUCUCUGUCGCAUCACAGAUGGGACACUUCUGACUCAGAUUGAAAGAUACUUAAAACAAGCUAUUGUUGACAAAAACCCUGUAGUUGCUAGUGCAGCCCUAGUCAGUGGUAUCCAUUUGCUCCAGACAAACCCAGAGAUUGUGAAAAGAUGGAGCAAUGAGGUACAAGAAGCUGUUCAAUCUAGGGCUGCACUUGUACAGUUUCACGCCCUUGGUUUGCUCCACCAGAUAAGACAAAACGACCGCUUAGCUGUCAGCAAAUUAGUUACCAGCUUAACAAAGGGUACUGUUCGUUCACCUUUAGCCCAAUGCCUACUCAUCCGUUACACCAGUCAGGUUAUUAGGGAGUCAAGCAUGAACAGUCAACCUGGGGACCGCCCAUUUUAUGACUAUUUGGAAAGUUGUCUUCGCCACAAAUCAGAGAUGGUUAUUUUUGAAGCUGCAAGGGCAAUAACGGAAUUAAGUGGUGUUACUAGCCGAGAAUUGACCCCUGCAAUAACUGUUCUACAGCUCUUCUUAAGUUCCUCUAAGCCAGUACUUCGAUUUGCUGCUGUCCGCACAUUAAACAAGGUGGCGAUGACUCAACCAAUGGCAGUAACUACCUGCAACAUAGAUAUGGAGAGUCUAAUUUCAGACCAAAACAGAAGUAUCGCUACCCUUGCCAUUACCACACUUUUGAAAACUGGAAAUGAAUCAGGUUUCCCCCUGAAAUUCAGAACAUUGAUGAAUUUCUUAAGCAAUAUAUUGAGAGAGGAAGGUGGGUUUGAGUACAAAAAAGCAAUCGUUGAUUCAAUUGUUACUAUUAUAAGAGAUAUCCCAGAUGCAAAAGAGGGCGGCCUCCUUCACCUCUGUGAAUUCAUCGAGGAUUGUGAAUUCACAUAUCUUUCAACACAGAUUCUUCAUUUUCUUGGAAUUGAGGGACCAAAAACAGCAGACCCUAGCAAAUUCAUUCGCUAUAUAUAUAACCGUGUCAUACUUGAGAACGCAACUGUUCGAGCCAGUGCAGUUAGCACUUUGGCAAAGUUUGGAGCUAUGGUUGACUCACUCAAGCCUCGUAUAUUUGUUCUAUUAAGGCGCUGUUUAUACGAUAAUGAUGAUGAGGUUCGUGACAGGGCUACACUAUAUCUGAAUACCCUUGGAGGCGAUGGUUCUGUUGUUGAAACUGAUAAAGAUGUAAAGGAAUUUCUCUUUGGGUCACUAGAUCUCCCACUGGUCAACCUCGAGACUAGUUUGAAAAACUAUGAACCAUCAGACGAACCCUUUGAUAUCAAUUCUGUAUCAAGGGAAGUCAAAAUCUCAGCCAUUUGCUGA